ACAACGUUGUUCCGCUCUAGUAUUUAAGCCUGUUCUUCAAAUUGCCUUCGGGAGAUUUGGGUUUUUGUCCGAAAUUUGAAACCAAGAAAAAAAAAAUGGCAAUCACCUUCUCUCUCAAUUCAGUCUCCAAAAUCCCAAAACCCUCCGCUACUCCUACCAUAAAAAUCUUCAACCUCUUAACGACCCCAUCAAAAGCUUUCCUCAAAUUCACACCAAUUUUGAAACCCAAUUCUCUUUCUUUCUCCACCUCGUUUCCUAAGUCCCAUCCCAAUGCCAAGCCCAGAACCUCAACUAUUCGCUUCCUUUUCACCGGCAUCGUUGAAGAAAUGGGCGAGGUCAAGCACCUGGGCGUUUCCGAUGACGGCGGCUUCGAUAUGAAAAUACACGCGAAAACCGUUCUACAAGACGUUCAUCUCGGUGACAGCAUUGCCGUUAACGGCACCUGUCUAACGGUGACAGAAUUCGAUACCCAAUUGGAAGACUUCACUGUUGGAUUGUCCCCGGAGACUUUGAGAAAGACUUCUUUGAUUGAAUUACAACCCGGCUCGUUGGUGAAUUUGGAGCGGGCUCUACAGCCCACUACCAGAAUGGGCGGUCAUUUCGUGCAGGGACACGUGGAUGGUACCGGGGAGAUCGUGGAAAUGAAGCCAGAGGGAGACUCUUUGUGGAUUAAGGUGAAGACAGCUAAAAGUUUGUUAAGGUAUGUUGUGCCCAAAGGAUUUAUAGCUGUGGAUGGUACUAGUUUGACCGUUGUGGACGUGUUUGAUGAUGAAGAUUGUUUUAAUUUUAUGCUUGUGGAAUAUACUCAGCAGAAAGUGGUUAUUUCUUUGAAGAAAGUUGGGCAAAAAGUGAACUUGGAGGUGGAUAUAUUGGGUAAGUAUGUUGAGAGGCUGCUCAGUAGUGGGUUUGUGGACUCUGUCAAGGGUUCAUGAUAAUUAAAAGGUUCUUAAUUGUGGUUUAUGUUUCUCCAUUGUUGUUUGCCUUUUCAAAAAUAGUUAUAUGUUUAAUUUUGGUGAUUGCGAACUUUGAAUAAGAAAAUGGUCAUUGAAUGUUGUUAUUCCAA